GGCCCGGCGGCCUCUUCCGCCCUGGCGUCCCUCGCUCCCAGGCCCCGCCGUCUCAUUUGCCGCUCCCGACGCGUGACCCCGGCGCGCCCGCGUCCCGGAGCGGUGACAGGCGCGGGGUGCGCCGGCGGCCCCAUGUGCCCCCUCCCUCUCGCGGCCGCCGCAGUCGCCGCGCCCCGAGCCCCGCGUUGGCUCCUCGGCAGAGGCCUCGCCGCCGCCAUGUCGACCGCCGGGCCACUCAAGUCCGUGGACUACGAGGUGUUCGGGAGAGUGCAGGGUGUUUGCUUCAGAAUGUAUACAGAAGGUGAAGCUAAGAAAAUAGGAGUGGUUGGCUGGGUGAAGAAUACCAGCAAAGGAACGGUGACAGGCCAAGUGCAGGGCCCUGAAGACAAAGUCAAUUCCAUGAAGUCCUGGCUGAGCAAGGUUGGGAGUCCUAGUUCUCGGAUUGACCGCACAAACUUUUCUAAUGAAAAAACCAUCUCUAAACUUGAAUACUCUGAUUUUAGUAUUCGAUACUAAUAGAAGAAAAAUAAAAAGUGUAACUCUUAUACUGCGCAAUAGACACUAUCUGUUCUUAAGUCUGUAUACUAGAAUAAUAGUAGCAGAAUAGAGUAAAAAGGGAACUUUCUGUUCUGAAAGCUACAAAAUUAUAUGUGUUCCUAAAAAUGUCUGACACUGAAAUAAUUUUACUCAACCAAGUCUUUAACAAGCAAAAACUUAAUAUUCUAAGAUAAAAAUGUCAUUACAAAAUAUUUAAUAUGAAUAUUCAAUUUAAACUUGUCUCAUGGGAUCUCUAAUGUCAAUGAAUAUUACAGCAUAUAUGUUAUUUUGACAAGACAUAAAAUAAAGUUAACUAUUUAAAAUUA